AAUUAGAAUGUUGUUUCUGGUUCAUUGCCGCGUAAUAAUACGAUACGAUAAACAUUGUGAAUUCGUAAACUUGUAAAACAAAUUAGUACAUACACGUAUUUUUCACUAAUUGAGCGAAAUAAGGAUAUAAUUUAGAUGAUCAUAAAAGUGUGCUUUUCGAACUGAGUGCGUCUAUCAUGUUUCGGCCGGCAGGCUAUUUCUCCGAUUCGGAAGGGGAUUCCGAUUUCGAUUACGACUUUUGUUACAGUAAAUCAGAGGCAAAAAAUGAAACUCCAAGGACGGAGGAUUCACCUCCGGUGAUGGUAGAGAAUAACGAUGAUCUGCUGUACAAGGGCGUCAUAGAGGGCGACUUGGUCGAAGUAAAACGAGUCCUGGAACUUGAUCGGUAUUUGCUGACCGGUUGUCUGCGGCAAGGUUGGCCUGUGUUGCUACUAGCAUGCAGCGAAGCUCAGUAUGAAAUAGUCAAAUAUUUGCUAGAGGAGCGGCGCCUUGAUGUGAAUCAACCGUACGGUUUGAAUACUGCCUUGAUGGCAGCUUGCGAGUCCAAACGUAAUCCUGAAGCGGUACUGAAGGUAGCAGAUCUGCUACUGGAAUUUGGAGCUGUGAUUAACUGCAAGGAUGCCUACGGAGUGACGCCGCUUAUGUUUGCCAUUAUGAACGAUCACACGGAAGUGGUGAAAUUGAUUAUUGAUCAAGUAGCAAUAGAAGCAACGGAUAAUGAAGGAUUGACUGCCCUGUUCCAUGCCGUCAACAAUAGACGGGAAGAUGUUGUUAGGAUGCUUCUGAAGGCUGGCGCCAUUGCGGACAUUGUGAACCGAAGGGGAUUCACUCCGAAGCAGGAGGCUGAAUUCAGAGGCUUCUUCGAAAUUGCCGAGUUGUUUCCAACCGAGACGAAUUUUUUCAACAUUCCUAGCAAGUACUUGAGCUACGCUCACUAUCAGGAUAUCACUCAAGGCGAGACGGAACAGGAAAUGCCUGGAUAUCACCAAGAGAUUGGACUGCUUUUGUACGGAAUGUAUAGCGAGCAACACUUGACAGUGUUUGCAAAGGAAGAUUUUAAUUUGCUACGAUUUCUAACACUGACGGACGAUGAUUUGAAGAAUCUGGACUUCAAGCUACCAUUUGAGCGGAAAAAGAUUCUGUUCGGUUUAAUAAAGUUCCAUCGGCAGGCUUGGAGCAAGCGAAGUAUGAAAAAGUUUCCCCAAGAUCAUCUAUACGAUUCGUAUGAUAUUCUCGAAAUGCUAAGCAACCAUCUCAAGCAGCUAACCGUGAUGCAAUCUUCGCUGAUUUUCGUAGCGCAAAUGAUGCCAGCUGAAGAAUUCAAGACUAAAUUCAAGCCAGAGCUGGACAACUGCCUACGUAAGGUAAAUCAAUUGCAACAGGCGAUUGCCAGCUUCGAUGAGGAAAUGAAACGAAUUCAUACCAUGACGGCACCACCACUAGUUCUACACGUCGAUAAAAAACGUUGCCAAACCGGACGGGUUUGUUGGUUUGCCCGGGCCCUAAAGCUUUCCCUACUUUCAGCGGUUGUUUCACUCAUAGUCUAUAAAAGACUAAAAGCGUGAUGAUAGUUCCUCAGGAUAAGAAAAUAUACUAUUUAAGCUU